AUUAUCUAAAACAAAUGAUUUUGUUUAUGAAGCACUCCACCACUUCUUUUUGGAGAUGUUUUGACACAUGAAUAUUUGUUUGAUAUUAUUCUCAGACUUUUGCGUUAUGGAAGAGCGGCUAAUGAGUGCAGCUUUAUCUUUUAUUGAGUUAUUUGGAAUAGAUUCUGUUUGGAGGAGCUUUUAUCCUUGGCAAGCAUAUGAGAAAGACUUAAAAGUUAUUCUUAAAGACAGAGAAAGGAAAAAGUUUGGUCCUCCUAGUGAAAAGCAUACAUUUUUAAUACGAAUCGUUGUACGUGUUGUUCUUCGUAAAGCCCUGUUUAUUCCUUUGAGGUUUGUGAGAAACCACGAACUCUUAUUAUCAAUGCUUGCUUCUUCAAUAGUUGUUCAUUCCCAAUACCAAAUAUCUUCUAAAUAUAUUAUUCCUGGUACUAGCUAAGGCUUGAUGUAGAUAAUAAAUACAAAGGAAUGUUACAAGUCUUCUAAUCUUUAGAUAAAAAGUUCUAUUGAUAG